AUGGCAUUCCUACUCUCAGCUCUGCUGGCCUCUUUGGCUUUGUCCAGCCUCACUCUCGCUCAGAGCGUCGAUGGCUCAAAAUACAACAAUCCUACUGCUGGGCCUCCCUCAAGCUUCUUUGCCGCUGCUACAACCAUCCCCGUUGCUGCGUUGAAGAAUGCUGCUUCCACAGCCAGCACUGCUGCAAAGGAUGCAACUUAUCCUAUCAAUAAUGGCGGCGGUGCUGCUAAGGUUACCAUUCACAGUGAUUGGUCGAAUUUCAAUGAGGGCGCUGCCUUUGUUUGGGUUGCUGAUAUGGAUGUUGAUUGCGAUGGAAUUGAUUACAAGUGCAAGGGGAAUCAAGAUGGACAAUCUGAAACCAACUUUGGUGCCUUGGCUGCAUAUGAGGUCCCUUGGAUCGUGAUUCCGGACAAAUUUGGCGCAACUUAUCAGAGUGUUCUUCCCGGUAACAAUAUCGGUGCAGUUAUCUGCGACGGGAAAAUGUUCUAUGGGAUAUACGGCGACUCGGAUGGAGAUGAUCCCGAGGUAAUCGGGGAGGCCUCAUGGCUCAUGGCUCGAACCUGCUUCCCAAAUGAUAACUUGAAUGGAAAUGCUGGCCACGGCAGCGUCGAUGUGACCUAUAUUCUAUUCACGGGGAAAAAUUCCGUACUUCCGAGCAGUGCCCUCAACAAGAACUAUAUCACCAACUUCAGCACUCUGCGUUCAAUGGGAGACAAUUUGAUGAGUGCUCUCGCGAAGAACCUGGGCUUGUCUGGUGGCUCUGGAACACCCACCACCACCACUACUAGCUCCUCUCCUACGACUACAUGCUCUUGGUCUGGACAUUGCGUCGGUGCUUCUUGUUCUACUGAGAACGAUUGCUCUGAUAAUCUGGUUUGCAAGGACGGGAAGUGUGCCAGCCCUUGA